UCAAGAGUUAGAAGAUGUUUGUUGCAAAUUCCGUAAGGCUGAAGCUGCAGUCGGUCGUGAGUCUUUGUCCUAGUUCCUACAAUGCAUGUGGAUGAUGCAACGUUUUCACUCGGGGUUUAAGGUUAUCGAUAGUUAUCGCUUUGUCUCACGCCUGCGACCGGGACAUAUUUGUUUAUUUUCUGUUAAAGCCAUCUUUAUUCGGAGGCUGAUGAACUGAGCGGCAAUGGCAACGCUUCAGCCAGCUGGCUCAAUUUCCCCUCGACAAGACCGGCGCCUCUCAGCUGGAUAGAUAAACCGGGGCUCUCUGCGAAUCCAUCUGCUGUGCCCAGAAACGGCUCCGAACUUUAAAUAAGAAGCCUGUUUACAUCGCCAGUCUGUUUGUGUGCCUGUUUCAACAAUGGAGACCACCAAGGUAACCUUUGCCAUCAGAGGGGAGACCUCUCCAGGUGAGGUGAUUGCUAUAGUCGGCAGCUGUGAGGCUCUGGGAAAGUGGAGCUAUCAGAAAGCUGUAACUCUACAUCCACCAGUCGAUGGAGGGAACACAUGGACAGUAACAAUCUCUGUGCCCAAAGGAGUUGUUUCCCAGUAUCGCUAUUUCAAGGGCUUGUUCCUACAGUCAAAGAGUGCAGGUGGUCCAUGUCAAGUCGUAGUCAAUUUGUGGGAGACCCAUCAUCAGCCCCGCACGAUGAGACCCACAGCAGCAGAACAGACAAUUGAUGAUGGGGAAUUUGGAUUCCACAAUGGGGUGAAAUGUGUUGACUCAGGAUGGCUGACAUGCCAAACAGACAUUCGUCUGCGCUUGCACUAUUCCAAGAGGCCUCCAGUGUCAAUUACCAAGAAGAAAUUCAAGAAGUCCCGCUUCAGGAUCAAACUUACGUUGGAGGGCAUUGAGGAAGAGGAGGACGAAGAAGAGGAACUCAGCCCUUCCUCUUCGCACAAGAUGACCCCUACUUUGGAGAUCAGUUUGAUCACUGAAAAUGGCUACAAGUCCCGUCACUCUCAGCCGGAGUGUGGCUAUGCCCUGGAGCCGUCUCGAUGGACUGAGUACAGCAUCCACACCAUGGACCCUGACAACAUGGAGCUCACCUUUGAGUUUUUUGAGGAGGAUCUGAGUGAGCAUGUAGUCCAGGGAGACAUCCUUCCUGGACACGUUGGGACAGCCUGCCUCCUCUCUUCCUCAUUUUUGGAGAGUGGCAAAGAUUCAGGAGUAGUUACACUUCCCAUAAUGGGACGAAACUCCAGGCAGACAAUUGGGAAAGUCAGAGUGGAUUACCUGGUGAUCCGGCCAAUCCAGGGGCUGCAGUGGGACAUGAGCUCAUCGUACACAAAGCACUGGAAAAAAAGAAGCACUGUAGAUGUGGGUCACAGAGGAGCUGGAAGCUCACAUGCUGCCAAACACCACAAAGUCAGAGAAAACACAAUUGCUUCUUUCACAAGUGCUGCUAAACAUGGUGUAGCCUUUGUGGAGUUUGAUGUUCACCUCUCUAAGGAUGCUGUGCCUAUAGUAUACCACGACCUGACAUGCUGCAUCGCCACCAAAAAGAAGAAGAAUGACCAGACUCUGGAGCUCAUCGAGGUUCCUGUCAAAGACCUGACAUUUGAUCAGCUGCAGCUGUUAAAGCUGGCCCAUGUCACGGCCAUGACAGGAAGUGAUGACAAAGAUCUCCUGGACGAAGAGGAGGAAAUUGAUGAAUAUCAGCCAUUCCCCUCACUAUCGCAGAUUUUUCAAGCUGUUCCUGAGAAUGUUGGCUUUAACAUUGAACUGAAAUGGAUCAGCCAAAUGAAGGAUGGAACUUGGGAUGGGAACUUGUCCUCAUACUUCAACAUGAAUACCUUCCUGGACAUUAUUCUUAAAUGUGUCAUGCAGAAUGCUGGAAAAAGGCGUGUUAUCUUCUCAUGUUUUGACCCAGAUAUCUGCACAAUGGUGCGACUCAAGCAGAACAAGUACCCCAUUCUUUUCCUGACUCAGGGAGUAUCAGAAAAAUAUCCUGAGCUGAUGGACAUUCGCUGUCAAACUACGCAAAUUGCCAUCAGCUUCGCUCAAAGCGAGAAUAUCCUGGGAAUCAGCGCCCACACAGAGGAGCUGCUGAGGCACCUUAACUACAUCGAGGAGGCUCGGUCUAAAGGCCUGGUGGUGUUUGGCUGGGGAGAUGACAACAACGAGCAUGCUAUCAGAAAUAAGCUCAGGGAGCGAGGAAUCGAUGGGCUCAUCUAUGACAGUAUCUGUGAUCCUCAAGGAGAGCCAGACAUCUUCCAGGUAGAAGAGCAACACUCCCUGCAAGAGGUCAUUACAGAGGAGACCCUAAAGAGCUCUGCCUGCUCCUGCUACUCCAUUCCCUGCUCCUCAGUGCCAUGCUUAGCCUCCAAGGUUCAUGGUGGAAGCGCAGAGUCAGAUUCUGGGCUCAGCUCUUCAUAGGGAAUCCCAACUACAUAUUAUUAAACUUUUUGCACAUGUUCACUAAGAAUGACCAAAAGAAGAUUGGUUAAUAAAAUUAACUCUUUGCAUUUGAAAAAGAAAAUACAAUUAAUAUCAUCAUUGGCUAGAUUCACCCCUCUUCCAUUACAAUGUACCUCCCGGUGUGGUUAACAUUUAUUUCCUACUCUCCUCACAUGUUGUAUCCCAAUUUUAAAAGUUGGAAAUUUAGCCAAAAGCAUAAACAGACCAAGCUGAUUUAGAAAUAUCUAUUUUUUUCACAUAGGCUAUUACACCUUUACAAACAGCAAUUGUUAAAAUGUAAAGUCAGGCAUAGAAGUGCUUAUUUUUACAGCCAGGUUUCUGGAUCCAAGUAAAAUGUUGAUUUCCUGCAUGUAGCCAUUGAACACAUGUUUAUCCAUAUGUAUAACAAUAAAAUAACAUGAUGUGUGUUAUCACAUAUCAGUAAAGUGCUGGGUCAAAGCUGAAUUCUGCGAACCACACAGAAGCAUGUGGAAUUUGAUAAAUGUGCUGGUUGCUGUUAAUUAGUUUCUUUUUUUUUCUAGUGGAGUGAUUUGAUGCACUUUUGAAUCCACAGAGGGAGAUGAUUAACUUCCUCACUGUGAUGUGUAAUUAAGUCUCUGUUCCACAUUUUCAAGCCUUAAGACUUUUGAGUGUUGGCUAAUGUUCAACAUAGCAUUUUUUUAUUUACUGGUUUAUUGAGCUUCAUAUGUACUUGAUCUGAGAAAAAGCAGAAGAAUGUUUUUGCAAAAGUCCACGUCAGCCACAGCCUUAGGGGAAUUCCUUUCUUCCAGGUUUUUUUUUGUUUCAACAUGAGCUAUCUCAUUUAAUAAAGACUUGUAGAAAUCUAUGGGCCGUUUUCCAACCUGUUAAAUCUGUGUCACCUCUGCGCCACAUUAUCUUCAUUUGUUAUAUUUUUGUAUAGUAUCUGUCUUUGAUCAGUAGUGUAAGAUAACUGCAUGCUUGCCUUGUAUGUAAAUGUUGAUGUAUAUGGAUGGAUGAGUAAUUGAACCAUUUGUAUCAUACUAACCCAGGUGUAAAUAAACUUAUUUGCCCAUUU